UAUCGUUACGCCCUCCCUUGCUACUCUUAUCGGCUCAAAAUUCGCCUGACACUGUGCACUGAGAUGAAAUCGGCGUAGUGACGGAGCUCGUCAGUGCCAGUUAAAGUUGACUUCCAUUGCACUUAGCUGCCGAGGAUUGCUGUUAGCUAAAAAUCUUGACACGAAGAGUUGCUGCGCAAACGCUCCACGGUUCCACUCCUGCGGUCAACAACAGCUCAUCUCGUUUGGAGAAUUUCGUUUCACAAAGAUUUCAUAACAGCGCCAGCAAGCCCUCAUCGAGCGCGCUCCCCCUCUACAAAGGUAACUGCUAAUUGGAAAACUUGGAACAACUGCUUACACAUCGCUGAGACAGGCUGCUCAAGAUAACCUGAUAAACCGGGAACUCCAUCGUUCAGCUUCAUCAUAACGCUGGAGCCGGUUGGAACCGGUCUCCUACAGGGAUAAGCUUUAAACAGACCGUCCACUUUGUUCGCACCUUCACGAUCGUGACGAAAAGGGUGCUGAAAGGCUUGAAAAACUCUUCUUGCUAAAGUGCCCUGCCGUUGAGAAAAUGUCCGAGGAAAUGAAAAGCGAAGCUCAUUGCCAAGACGCUGAAGUCAACGUCUUUUUUAAGAAAGGGCUGGAACACAACGACGAGUCCAGCAACCCCGUAUGCUCUAGGUGUGAAUGUUCGCACCGUGGAUCGGCGCUCGAAUAUCGAGAGUGUUCGGAGAAGGAUGCGCGUGUGCUUCGGCGCAUGUUGAGAACGGGUCCGCCCGUGAAGAAGCUCUGCAUAUGGGAAAUCGCGCUGAAUGCGUUCAGGACCGCGUUUGGCGACCUCGAAGGGUGCUCCUCGCUCGAAGAACUUCAGGUGUUCGACAUUGAAUGCGCAGCGGAAGAAGAAUUCAGCGUCAACCUUUCCGGAGUGUUCGGCAGACUGUGUACACUGGAGUUGCACUGCGCGAACAUAGGGACCGCGUUCGCGAAGGACAUUGCAAACUACAUCCGAGAGAACAGGAGGCUGAGGGAAUUCAGCCUCUGGUACUCCUGCGGUGGCGACGAGGGUGCCGCCGCGCUCAUCGAAGCGCUAACGGUAAACAACACGCUCAAGAGGUUCACCUUGGCGCAGCUAGAGUUGUCCUCCGAGACCGUGAUCGCGUUCGCGAAAAUGUUGGCAGUUAACUCGACGCUGGAGCUGGUGGACCUUUUCGACGCGUGUUUCGUGGAAGCGGAAAAGGUGUCGGCUCUGCUGGAGGAGGACCUUUAUGAGCAAGUCUUCAAGAGGCUUCGCAUCGUGUGGACGGGACAACUUCUGCCGCUGCUUACGAAGCUCAUCCACAAGAAAGCGUGCUGGCCGGAGGUCUCCGUCAGCCUCACCGCUUCGGCGGACCGGGACGUCCUCCGCGAGUUCUUCGACGCCGUGGCCACAGACACCACGAUUCGUGCGCUCCACUUCUACCCGAGCGACGACACAUUCGACGAACUCGCGGAUGGCAUCGCCUCGGUCGCAAAGCGGACUUCAACUCUCAAGGAAAUCGAGAAUCGUAUGCACGUCAAACCGGGCAACGAGCAGCAGCUGGUCAAGGUUCUGGACGCCCUGAAAGAGAACCGUUCCGUCACCUCGUUCGUCAUGUACGCAGAAUUGUUGACGCCAGAAAUAGCGACGUCCCUCUCCGAGUUGCUGGCCGUCAACGACACUCUGAACGAGAUCUCCGUCUGCGAGUACUAUGGAAUCACCGCCGACGUCGUGGCAACUAUCCUGCGAGGCCUGAGAGAAAACUACACCGUGACGCACCUCAUGGUUUCCUGGGACCCCGACGACGACGUCGAGGGUGUCCUCGAAAUGGCGGAUCUCGUGAAGAGGAACGUUCGUCUCCACGAGAAAGCGGCCGAGUUCGUCAGUGCAGGUGGCGACCGCGAGGGCGACGCCGAAGGAGCGGACGCGCUGAAGAAGGUGCGCUCGAGCGCGAAUCUGCUCGAAAGGGUGCAGAGGCUCACCGGAAAGACGAGCGACGCUGCGAUGGAGCUGGUACGCGCAGCCUUGGCUCGUUUGUGUGCCUAAGGGGGGCGUCUUGUGCGAAGCACGAGUGUUCUACCCGAUCGCUUUUCUAUCGUUACAAACGCGUGUGUGCUUGCUUCUUUGACUGGCGGUGUCUCUGGGAACUGCAAGAUGAGGCAAACUUCUUGCCACGUACACAGGAUGACUGAGUCGCCUCGGGCGGACGAUUCCUGUAUUCCACGACGGAACGAGGGCCGUCAGCACUUCGAGUUCCCAGGUGAUAUGCUUCCCAAGGACUGACAGGUAGCCCGAAGAGACCGGCGUAUUCAGUGUGAUGAUGAUGGAAUCAGAAGCUCUUAGUUCCGUUAGCGCCGAGACCUCCGUUUUUGUUUGAAUAAAUGUCCACGAGACGUG